AUGCAAAUGGCUACAGAAAAAACAUCUGAAGGUAUAAGGGGUGUGGGGUAAGACCUGAAGGGAGGGGGGGGGGCCUGAACCAUGGGGCCAUGGAGGGAAUUUCCCCCACUGCUGCACCCUUUGUUAAUAUAUGUGGGCCAGCUAAUGGCAAACUAGCUCCCUUUUUCUAAAGACGUAUUGUUUAAUCAAACCGACAUCUGCACAAAAAUCAUAUUAGAAAACAUAGAAAAUGCUAAAUAUGAUUUUGAAAGUACAAGAUUAGCUCUCGGCAUCUUUGAAUAUGUGCAGUCUUGUGAUAGUGUUUGUAUGUUAUUGUACAAGUAUGUAUUGUAUCCAAAUGUCGGAGUGAGUGCAUGCUACUAUUUUCACGCCAGUGUCCUGCCGUGCUGUCACACUGUGAUGGAUCACACUGCUGUUGAGCUCCCCGAUAUACAAGUGUAAUUUAUUCACAGUAUAUAUACCACACUAGGAGCUCAAGGAUCCAGCAAAGUAAAUAAGAAUGUGAUUAAAUCAAAGAGAAGAAGGCAAGAACAAAGCAUUUCAUUCUUGUUUUAUAUGUAAUCCUGGUGUGAAAUUAAUUUUCACUGGGGACAAAAUUCACAUUUUUGAAGGUUUCAAGAUGAUGAUGAUGGAGAAUCAUCUCAAGUUGACAAUACGUUGAAGAAGGAUCUUGCUAAGACGUUAUCUGACUACCUUGACAGGUUGUAAGAUUUGUGCAAAUAAUACUUCUUCUGUGCUACAGUGGAAAACUAACCAACUCUAGACUCUAGUUCUGUAGAAAACUCUGAUGGCAUUUAUCUUGAAUUUAGAACUAUUGAGGAUGUGGAUGUAUGUGAUAAAGGUGUGUAAAUUAAGCCACAGGAGCAACAAUUCCAGAAUUCUAACUAGAACUAAAUGCAAAAUACUCAGACAGAAUGAUUUGGUCGAUUUUUACAGAAGACAAGAAAAGUAACGUGAAGAAAAGAGAAGAACAAGUAGACGGUACUGUUUCCUUUGCUUACAACUACAACUGAUGUACUAUGGUAAAACAGUGUUAUGUUUGCCCUGAUUGUAGUUGUUUAAAUUAUUGUCACUUUAUUCAGGUUUUCAGUUGUUCUCAAGCAGCCAGCAAAUGGCUUUAGAAACUUUCCCUGAAGAAAAACAAAGAUGCGAUGAAGAAGAUGCAAAAGCUAGGUUAGUAGCGAGUGUCUACCUCGCAACAGAUGAUGAAGGACUUUGCACCAAAGUUGUUUUAAUCUGUUUAUUUUAUCCUUUUUACAUGUAAGUUUGAGCAGUGAUGAUGAUGAUGAGACUACAGCAAGAUUCAAAGAGGCGGCCAUCUCUGUACAAGAUCUUUUUGGACCUAAAUUUAACCAUGACACCAAAACUGUGUGA